AUGGUUGGGCAUACACCGGAAUGGAUGAAGACUCCUGUGAAGCUGGCUGUAUUGCGGAAAUACGAGGCGGAGUUGCAGAGUAACGGCAGGCGCAUUCUCACUAAUAGAGUAGAUGAGAUUACGGACGUGAAACAAGACUUAGCUGUUCGAUAUGGUCGGGAAGAGCUUGGGAUGUCUACGGAGGAUCUGCCCUCGGCUGAGGUCUUUCUGGGCCAUCGGGCUCGCUCGGCCCCAGAGAGAAUGAAGGAUAAACAUCAACAGUCCAAUUCGACAGGUGCGUCGAGAAAGGGGACGCGCGGUGCGAUGCAAGACGAUGAGAAUCCGGCUAAGAAACGACCGCGUAGCCACUUGUCGACUAUGCCUCACGCGUCGAUACCAAAGGCACGGCCGCUCAUUGAGGAGAUCAACGACAUCGCACAAAAGAAGUUCAAACCAACUAUUGUGGUGCCGUCCAUCAGCAGCAGUGCUUCUCGUAUUAACAUUCUCAAUGCGAAGAAGUUCUUGGAGGAAGGAGUCUAUCAGGAACCCGAUCCGAGGAAAAUGGCGAGGCCUGAAGGUCCGGUGACGUUCAGUAAGAAGGUUGGAGGAUUCACUUGGGACUUCAGAAUCGUCGACAGCGUCACAACUUUUCGAAAGAAUGACUGGAAGUCGUGCGUUGCUAUAAUCCUCGACGGCAAGAGGUGGCAGUUGAAGCAUUGGCCCUUCAAGUCCGAGGCUGAUCUCUUCCACAGUGUACUGGGAGUGAGCAUAAGAUACGAAGACGAUGUUGCUGAUCCCCAGACGGUUGGAGGAACGUGGAACGUGAAAACGUUGAAGCUGAAGAAAAACCAACGGCAUACGGAUGCUGCAGUUCAGGCAGCCUUCUGGCGGGAUGUGGAGGCCUUCCUGGCGCAGCCUAAAGUCCGUAGAUUCGCAAACGGGCCGAGACUAUGA